AUGACGGACCUUGUCGGUGAGGAUGAGGCGGUUAUGUACUCCACUGCCUUCCUUGAUAAGGAGCCACGCACCACGCACCAAGCGCUGCAGACGCGCAUGCGUCAUGCCAAGAUCUUCUAUGACCAACUCGCGGAUCUCAUGGCAGCUCGUGCGCACGCCGAGGAGACGUACGUGAAGCACCUGCAAAAAGUAGCCAAGCGCGUUUCGGAGCCCAACUAUAUGCCUGUGGAGUUCCGACCUUUGUACCAACGCCUCCUCGCCGAAAUGGAAGACGUCGCCCAACUGCAUACCACGUUCCAGGGCCACUUGCAGCGCGCCAGUGAUCAGCUCCGUCAAGCACAUACCCAGGGCGAAUGGGCCAAGCUCGCCCAGCAGGACGAUGUGAUCUCGCCGAUCCUGAAAGAGAUCAACUCAUUAGAAGCGCAGCUCGGGAAAGGGCAGCGAAAGCUCGAGCAGAAACGCCAGAGCACAGCUGUCGUGAACAAGGUCUUGUCUACGCAGGAAUCACUAACGCAGGCCCAGUCUGCAUGGCGCGAGCGAGCCCUACGUGUCUUCCAGUCGUACGAACGUGCUGACUACCAACGCCUACAUCUCUUACGCGAUACUUGCAAACACGUCAUUCGCGCCGAGUCGGAAUUGGCCAAGGCGGUGUACGAUACGGCGCGCUCGUCGGCAGAGGCAGCGCAGGCAUUUCGGCCUGUGGUGGAGAUGCAGCGAUUCGCGGGUGUGUACCGUACGGAAUCGACCUCCUCGCCCUCCGCAGUUACGAUGGACCACAACGUGCCUUUGCCCUCGUAUACCAUCGCGCAUGCGCGUGAAUCGCCCGUGGUGCCAUCGUCCCCUGAGGCGCCGCCCCGCCCCUCUACGUCUGCAUCCACGCCGUCCUACCCUACCGCUGCAUCGAUUGCGUUGCCAUCGUCUGCGACACGGCCGGCGUCGCGCCUUCCUCCGCCCGCGCCCACUCGCAGCGUACACAAGACCGCGUCGCCCCCCACCUCACCACCUGUGCCGACCAAUGCGAUGACGAACUCGCCACCCGUCGCGUCCUCCUCCUCGGUGGGCCAUUCGACUGUGAUGCACAGUGCACAUACGCAUCUCUCGAAUCACACUACAGCCCCAAGCAGUCACGAGAGUCGGGCCGGGCCUAGCACAGCAUCCACACACUGGCACGAUGCGAUGCCAUCGCCGCCUCUCGCGUCCGUCGCGCCGGCCUCCACAGUGACACCAGCGCCGCCGCUGCCGAUGUCAAUGUCGACGAUCCCUGUGCCGCUGCGUCCCUCCACGCAGCUUAGGCAGCCUAUGCAGCCACGCACCGCGAGUUUGGCCCUGGGCCCUCCGGCUACACGACGUGCUCCCCUGCAGCGUACAGGCACCAAGCUGGAGCAGGGCCAUGCGGCCGCGCUUGUGUCACCGCUGGUCGAUACAUCGAUCACCUCGCCGUCCAUGUCGGAGGCUCAGUUUGAGACGAUGGUCCCUACGUCGAACCCUAUGCCUGUACAUGCGCAUAUCGAAGAGCGCGUAAGUGCGCAUUGGAAGCAAGGCACGAUGACGCAUCUUGUGAUUGAAGGGCAAGUGAAUUUGCGGGCUACGCCUGCGCUGGGCUCGACGUCGAUGCAAGCGCAUGCACGCAUCCAGGUGGACGGGAUGGACUACCUCUCCAAAACACGGACUCAUCCCUGCUUUACGCCGACGUCGGUGCCAGGCGUAUACGACUUGGACUUGCAAGCGCUCUUGCAACAUGCGCCUGGCGACGGCGUAUCGGUGUUUGAGUACGAGGUGCUGGUCGAUGAUGCGUACCGUAUGCAGUUUGUCCCACUGCUGCUGGAUGUCCAGUGGCGAUGCGAGUCGACACAGAGCUCCGUGCUAGUGCACCACCGCGAAAACCCCGAGUUUGCGUACCGCGACACGGUAUCCCUCCCAGCGCCGAGCUUCUCCUUGCAAGUGCCCCAGGACGCGUACGUCACUGGCGACGUGCUAAGCGAGCCCAUCGGUACUUGGGACCCGGACGCCCGUGAAUUUGCAUGGCAGGCCAAUCAUGUCGACGGACGUGGCGCCGUGCGAUUCCCCCUGGCAUCGCAAGCGACGCCAUGGCCCAUCGCCGCGGCAUGGUCGUUGCCUUCGUACUCGCUCAGUCCAAUGGAUGUGCAUGUUGACGAUCAUGCGCCCCUGACACUCACGUCCACGACUCGUGCGAUCGUCGCUGGGUCGUACGUGGUGGAGCCGUAG